AACAGGAUGUGAGGACUGUAUAAAAGCCAAGCCGAGUUAGUGCGCUGGCACUUUUGACAGAGCUCAUCGCAAAGAUGAGCGCAUUCAGAAGUUUUCUUUUGGGAUUCCAAAUCCUGAUCCUGUUCAAUGCUGCUAGCGUAAAUGCAGCGACAAAAGACAACAAACCGAGCAUAUUCGUGAAGAACAAUGGACAAAUAGUCCAACCCGUGCACACCAAGAACACCAAUAAUAUUGGCGCACAAAUCAUCGGGGGAUCGCAGGCUGCUGCAGGAGUAUUCCCAUGGCACGCUUGGCUGGACAUAUUGCAAAUCGGCUGUCGGUGGAUACUUGUGCGGUGCUUCGCUGAUCGCGCCAAAGUACGCGAUGUCCGCGUGUCACUGCAUCAUGCCGAUUUCCAAAUUCAAGCAUGAAGUGGUGCUCGGCAUAGUCAACAUUAGAUCACCCACUGCGGGAUAUGUCAGGAAGACCAUUGCAAAACCUAUUUGCCACGAAAAUUACGUUGCAUCAACGACCCAAAAUGAUGUGUCCCUGCUUCCAUUCGAUAGCCCGGUUACUGCAACGAGCAAUAUUCAAUGGAUCAAUCUGCCUCAACCUUCACUCGCGUCCGCUGAUUUGGUCGGCACGAAAGCCAACGUUAGCGGCUUUGGCAGAAUUUCAGAUAGCAAUCAAAUUACGAGCAACACGCUGAAGUACGCAACUCUUACAAUCACCACUGACGCGUCGUGCACAACCGAGUACGGCGCGAAUUGGUACUUUUCGAAUGUGAUGAUGUGUGCAAAAGCACCAGCCGCAGACCAAGCAGACUGCAACGGCGACAGCGGCGGAGCUCUCGUAUACAACAACGGCUCUGCUUGGGUCCAGAUCGGAAUUGUGUCGUGGGCAGGCAGCUCUUGCCAGACGACGUCUUCCGUGUAUACAAGGGUCACGUCAUUCGUGAGUUGGAUUACUAACAAAAUGAGUGCACUUGACGGCGGAGUUACCAGCGCUCCUAGCACUGCCAGCACCAGAUCUAGUACCACAAAAAAACCUACAACACCAACUGCUACAAAACCGCCACAAUGUGCACCCAAAGAUUUCAAGAACUUGCAAAGGAAGUGCUGCUCUCCACCUGCUAAAGAUUUGUUAGCCAAGACGUUUAACAAGGCAGUAGAAACCAUUUGCAAAAAGGUUGGUGGUGACAACACUGCAUUCAAUUUGUUCGCCCUCAACAAGCUGCAGAAUGCUAAGAAAAAAACCAGCCUUGAUUUGACCGAUUCUGCCAGUAUGGCAAAGCAACUCGCCAAAGCUGCUUGCUACAUUUCAUGCUUCCUCAACCAAACAGGAGCUGUCGAUAGCACUGGUGUCAUCGAUGUUUCGGCGUUGACCACCCAGCUGAUCGCAAAUCAAGACCCCUCUGGUCCCUGGGAUGAAAUUAUAACGGCGGCAGUUAGUAACUGCACAUCCCUAGUCAACGAGUUGCCCCUGCCAGACUUGCCAUCUGGCAAGUUGAAGUGCAAUCCCAGCGGUGCACUUGUAGUGCAAUGUGUUUUGGCCAGAAUCAUUGAUGUGUAA